ACCCGCUGAAAUAAACAGGGAAAAUGCGGAAGUGAAAUUACAAAGGGGAUUCGUUUUUUUGUGACCACUUUUCUUUCCUCGUGGAAGAAGCUACCAGCUGAAUAGCUAACUAAAUAGCUACCAGUCAACUUAAAAUGUCUAAACAACAGUCGUUUCAUGUGUUUUUAAAUGAGCGCUUAACUGCGGCAGCUGUGGAGAUUUUCGGGGAAGUUGAGAAAACGGUACUGAAACACCAGGAGGAGAAUGAUCGGCUACGGAGACUGCUGCAGGGGACACCAGAGAUGAAACUACGUAGAAUAGAAUCCCUGCAGCUCUCUGUCUCUGAAGAGGAGGUUCCCCCUGAGCAGCAGCACUGUGAGCAGGAGUGGAGCCCCAGUCUGGGGCAGAAGGACCCAGAGACCACACAGAUUAAAGAGGAACAGGAGGAAGUCAGGACCAGUCAGGAGGAAGAGCAGCUUCAAGGGCGCUUUGAUACCGAAGACUCCAUAUUCACUCAUUCCUGUGUGAAAAGUGAAUGUGAUCAGGAGGACCCAUGUCAAGAAGCCGUACUAGCUGAAUACCCAACUCUCAGUCCACUGAAAACAUCUAAACUACAGUUGUUCUGUGUGUUUUUAAAUGAAUGUUUAACGGCAUCUGCUGCUGUGGAGAUUUUUGGUGCGGUUGAGGAAACUGUCGCUGAGUACCAGGAGGAGAAUUAUCUGCUACAGAGACUCCUGCGGAUCACACCAGAGAUAAAACUACGUAGAAUAGACUCCCUGCAACUCUCUGACUCUGAAGAGGAGGUUCCCUCUGAGCAGCAGCACUGUGAGCAGGAGUGGAGUCCCAGUCUGGGGCAGGAGGACCCAGAGACCACACAGAUUAAAGAGGAACAGGAGGAAGUCAGGACCAGUCAGGAGGAAGAGCAGCUUCAAGGGCGCUUUGAUACCGAAGACUCCAUAUCCACUCCUUCCUGUGUGAAAAGUGAAUGUGAUCAGGAGGAAUCAGUUCAGUCCUUGACUCUUCCCCAAACCCGGACUGUGGAGAACAGAGAGAGAGACUCUAACCCAGUGGAUGUCAAACCUUUUGGCACUGUGACGCACAUUAAGGAUCUCUACAUUCCCUGUGAUGCUCCAGAUAAUCAAAACAAUGCCUCCAGCCACAGUUCAGCUGUAAGCAGCUACACAGUGGGACUUGACAGCAGUCCACCAUUGGAUCCCAGUCCACCAUUGGAGAAACACUGUUCCGAACCCAGCACCACAGCUAGAAAAACUCACCACUGCCGUGACUGUGGUGAAACAUUUGCUCUGAAAGCUGACCUGCAGAGACAUGUGACUCUCUUCAGUAAGAGACCCAGUGAAUGUAGUUCCUGCCAAAACCGCUACAAGUCCACCUGUAAACUGAAGGCCCAUGUCCGACUCUGUCACAGUUGGAAACCCUGCACCUGCCCUGUUUGUGGAAAGACCUUCAAACACAAAAGAGUUCUGUCCAGGCACAUGAGGAUUCACACAGGAGAGAAACCAUUCACUUGUGGUGACUGUGGGAAAAGCUUCAAUCGCAAGGAUACCUUAACUAAGCACAAAUUGACUCACACCAGAGAGAAACCAUUUAGCUGUGGCAACUGAGGGAAAAACUUAAAUCAGAAACAACAUGGCUGCUUAGUCUGUGAUAAAAUAUUAAUUCAGAAGACUAAUCUGCUAAUAUGUGAAAAACAUCCACAAAGAAAGUAAAAGAGGACACAGAGAGGGGACUAAGAGAGUAUUGAGAUACACCUGUGGACCAACUCUAGCUGGUCCUCCUGAUCCUGCUCAGUCCAAUGUCACAGUAAUGAUAUAAUGGGGCUAUUGUCUGAACCUAACAGGUAAUGUUGCUACUCUUUGUGUAUGAAAUGGACAAUCUGUAGUUCAGACAACCACCACUUUUUAGGUGAACAACUGAGGGAUGAUGUUGGAGAGUUGCGGCCCGUAUUUAUUCAUUGUUGAACUUUUUUUUAAAUUAAUUGAGGGAUUAUGUUCCCAAGUAUUCCCAUGUGUAAAUAGAUUUACAGUAUCAGUCAAAAGUUUGGAUAUGCCUACUCAUUCAAGGGUUUUUCUUUAUUUUGACAAUUUUCUACAUUAUAGAAUAAUAGUGAAAACAAACUAUGAAGUAACAUAUGGAAUCAUGUAAUAACCAAAAGUGUUAAAUCAAAAUAUAUGUAAUAUUUGAGAUUCUUCAAAUUAGCCACACAUUUUUUGUAUCCUGGGGAUUAGUGAUUGGACAAGAGGGAAGAUUUGUAACCAGUGGAGUAGUGAUUGGUUAAUGGGGAUGUUUUGUAACCAGGGGAGUAGUGAUUGGAUAAUGGGGAUAUUUUGUAACCAGGGGAGUAGUGAUUGGAUAAUGGGGAUGGUUUGUAACCAGGGGAGUAGUGAUUGGAUAAUGGGGAUGUUUUGUAACCAGGGGAGUAGUGAUUGGAUAAUGGGGAUGUUUUGUAACCAGGGGAGUAGUGAUUGGAUAAUGGGGAUGUUUUGUAACUAGGGGAGUAGUGAUUGGAUAAUGGGGAUGUUUUGUAACCAGGGGAGUAGUGAUUGGAUAAGGGGGUAUUCCUGUAUUGUGUGAAUCAGAUUUAACUGGUUGAGGGAGGAGUUUACAAGCGAGGCUGGACUGUAUAUAAGUCAUUGUUGGCAGGUUAUUUUUCUUUGUCUGCAGACGGCCUGUUUUUAGAACCUCUCUCUGGGGCCUUUUUGAUAAAUAUUCUGCUGUAUUUUGUUGUUAACUUUUUCUUAAUUCCAAGACAUCAGUUAGAGGUAAGCUUCUGCUUUUUACCCACACGUGCAGGGUCAUAUAAUUAGUGUUUUUCUUUAGGAACAGGAUUGUGUUUCCUGGAGGUGGAGAGCUAGAGAAUCCAUAGGAUGUGUAGACUGAUUAUAAAGGGCUUUGCUUAAAUAAAUACUGUCUGUGCAUUUCCUCUGGAGGGGCCACCGACCCAAAUAGA